AGGGGGAGGAGUCGUGUGCUCCCGCUGCUGCUGCUGCUGCCGCCGCCGCCGCCGCUGCCGCUGCCCACUGCUGUUUCUGUUUCCUCUGCUUUCCCGCGCCCUCUUUUUUCUCCCUCCGUCAUCAGCGCCUCCUUCCAGCCGUCGUCACUUCUGGCCGCUCGGUCUGGGGUCCGAUCCUGUCUGGUGAGGCCUCCUCGGAGCUAGGAAAAUGUCUGAUGAAUUUUCAUUGGCAGAUGCUCUACCAGAACAUUCGCCUGCCAAAAAUUCCACUGUGAGCGGUACAAAACCUGGUCAAGCACCACAGGGCUGGCCAGGUUCCAAUCCUUGGAAUAACCCAAGUGCUCCACCUUCUGUGCCAUCUGGACUUCCACCAAGUGCAUCACCCUCCAGUGUGCCUUUUGGACCUACACCCACCGGAAUAUAUCCCUCAGUGCCUGCUGGACCACCCCCUGGGCCACCAGCACCCUUUCCUCCCUCUGGACCAUCUUGUCCUCCACCUGGUGGUCCUUAUCCAACUCCAUCUGUGCCAGGUCCUGGCCCUACAGGGCCAUAUCCUACACCAAAUAUGCCUUUUCCAGAGCUUCCGAGACCAUAUGGUACACCCACAGAUCCAGCUACAGCUGGUCCCCUAGGGCCAUGGGGAUCCAUGUCUUCUGGACCAUGGACACCAGGAAUGGGAGGGCAGUACCCUACACCUAAUAUGCCAUAUCCAUCUGCAGGGCCAUAUCCUGCUCAUCCCCAGGCACCAACGACAGCACCACCUAUUCCAUGGGGAGCUGUUCCACCUGGAGCAUGGGGACCACCAGCGCCAGCUCCAUUCCCUGCACCUGUGGGUUCAUAUCCUGCACCAGGACUCUAUCUUACUCCUAAUAAUCCUUUUCAAGUGCCUUCUGGACCUACUGGUGCUCCACCAAUGCCUGGUGGUCACCAUUCUUACCAUUGAGUUUUUGAUGGACAAUGAGACGACUCUACUUUCCAGAGUAUGUGUGUGUAUGUAUGUAUGUGUAUACAAUGUGUGUGUACACACACACAUAUAUAUAUAUAUACACACACUAAAAGAAAUCUGCUUUCAGUGCUCUUGGGACAUUUCACAAAAAGGGUCUCAAACAACUCAAGACUCGGCUCUUGGACCUGGAUAUACACUUGGAAUAAUUAGAGACAAUAUUGUAAACUUAAAAAUUAUUCAUAUGUAUUUUUCAUUUGCUGUACUAAGGGAAAUCAAAGCAAUUAAGUAUAUCGACUAACCCUUGGUAGAAUUUGUGGAAUAUUCAUUUUUAAAUUAUGAAACCACACACUUAAGAAAUCUGUGUUGAUGUGGAUAAUAAUUACUAUAACUUGUCGAAAAUUACUUCAAAUAUUUUCUUUGACAUCUUUGUUUCCCUAAAUAAAUAUAUUUCUGACAAAUAAUUUUGCCAUAUAUUUUUUAAAAAGACCAAAUAAAUGCCUCUGAGCAUUUUGAACAGUAUUGUCUACGGAGUAAAUAAACUUUGUGCUCCCGGGUUAUAGUUCUGGGGUAAAUGUUUUAAAAUCUGAGUAUUUGCUAGCAUACAUAUCCUUGAACACUGAAUAUUAAAUAUUCUUGCUUUCUACCAGCUAUCAUUCUGAGUUAUUUUAGUUUUGUUUUUAGUAAUUUGAGUUGUAAUUUUAAAAUUAGUCAUCCAUGAACCCUGUCAGAAAUCUGUUUUUUCAUGCCACCAUAUCCAGUGACAUGAUCUCUGUGGUGAGUCUUGAUUGUGUGAUGUUAUCCAUGUUAUUGAGGAUGAAGAGCUCAAGAACGGGGGGGGGGGGGGGGGGGACCUUUAUAUCCCCUGCCUUGUAACCCAAAGAAGAGCCCCGGGAAUUCAUUUGCAACAGCAGGUUUUCUUAUUCCUACAGAACUUUGGUAGUCUCUAGGGAUUCCUUUAGUUCAAGAUGGAACUUCUCUUUGGACUUACCUUGAAAUGGAGAACUGUUGACAUUCUUGACAUCUUCCCCAAUAAUGUACAGCUAAUUUAUCAUAUUUAUGGAACCUUUUGUAUUGAAGACAUGAUUCUUCUCCCAAAGUCUCAUAAAUACACAUCAGUUUUUUCAUGCCAGGUAUUGUAGUUCUCUUUAUAAAAUACUUGAGGCAAAAGAAUUGAGUGCCUUCCCUUAAGAGAAUGGUCUUCGAAUACUGCUAUCAAACAUAUAUGUACGUAUGAAAGUAUAUGAGACAUGGAAGUAAUGUUUCCAUUUGACUUCAGCAAUUCAACAUUUAUUCUGUAUGGGAAAAACUGCAGGCUGCUGCUUCAUCUCAAUCACAUUGCCAAAUUUGGACUAAACUUGUUUGACAGUUGAAAGUGGACUUCAAUAAGUAGAUUUGUUGGGCCAUUUUAAAAUUUAAUGUUCAUUUAGUAAUGAAGUGUUGAGUGCUAUUGAAUAAUUAUUGAAAAAGACAUGCAUGCUGGGGCACUGAUAUCUUUUAAAAUCUAAAUACUUAAAUUACUCUUAAAAUUUUAAGAAUGCCAAAUGCUGCCAAUUUAACAUUAUAACUACCUCUUUGAAACAAAGUAGAUUAAUACCUUUUAAGAGUAGUUUUCAGUGAUCCCUUAUUUAAAAUAAACUAUAUAAAGAAUUUCAAACAUUUUAAAUGAAGUAGGAAAAUGAUUUGUUUGAUAUAACAUGAAGCCUAGAACUUGAUGUAUUUUCAGACUGAAGUUUACAUCAUGUAUGCGAUUAGGGCCAGUAGCUCUUCUAAAAUGUUUUGCUAGAAUCUUACAUUUUUCACACCUUUGCAAUCCAAAGUGAUAUGAGCAUUUGGGGAGCCUUCUGGCCAGUAGCUGUCAGAGAAUGGAACUUAUUUCUAGUGUUCUAGGUAAGAACCAGUAAGGGAUAGAUCACUUCGGUUUACUGAAGUUCUUUUUCAAAAUGCCAGUAUCUCUGUAGGGAGUCUCUGCUUAACUAACAACUAAGAAGGGACCUUGUAGUGGAGGGUAGACCUAGGCAAGAUGGGCUAGGGGAAUGAGGAGAGGGGCCAACUGAAGUGGGAAGACCUCAAAGAGAGUUUGCCUUCCUCAUUUUGCCUGAGGAUGGCUACCACUAAAAGUCCUUUGGGUUUGUUACUUUUAUGUAUUUUUACAUAUAUAUUUCUUUAGAUUGGCUACUGGCCUACUAGGUAAGUAUGUAAAGACCCAGUUGAAGGAAGGAGAAGUGAAGAAAGUUUGGGUAUCUACUAAUAUAGAAUUAGAAGAUCCCCCAAUAUGGAAUAAAUUAUAGGUGCCUCCAGGCUUUAUUUGAAACUUAACUAGGUAGCUAAGACUCCCAACUCCAUUUUACACUAACUGUACCAUGGUACUCGGCAUGAUCACAGUUCCCCUUUCUCAACAACACUUUUUAACUUGUCCUAUCCUUUUGCUUUGUGAGAAUAGAGCUGCCCUUUUAUCAUGCAAAUAGGUGGAAAGAAUGGAAUUUGCUGACAUUGUGAGGAAUGUCUAUAGUCAUGUUGAUGCUCUUUUCUCUGAAAGUAUUUUCCAAAAUGGAAGCUCAGAACUUGGAGAGGGAAAAAAACGGGCCAACAAAUAUUUUUAGGGAAAGAAUGAAAUUGAGGAAUAAGGGAGAUUUGGAAACAGGAAGGGAAUUGCAAAGACGAGUCUUCUCAGAACAAUUACUUUUUAAGCAAUAAGUCGGAAUGUAAGUAGGUCAUAUUAAACUAAUGAGAAUUGAUAUAGAUAGGAUUUGUGACUAGAGUAUCAAGAGAAGCAUUUAGACCCUGGUAAAUUCAAUUGGAUUGGCAUUUGAUCUCAGACAUAAGAGUUUUUAUUUCUUUUUUCGGUGAGGCAAUUGGGGUUAAGUGACUUGCCCAGGGUCACACAGCUAGUGUCUGAGGCCGAAUUUGAACUCAGGUCCAACUGUCUCCAGGGCAGGUGUUCUAUCCACUGCACCACCUAGCUGCCCCCCAUAAGAGUUUUAAAAAAGCAUGAAUGCUGAGUCAUUCCAUAGUUGAUAGGGACAAUUGAGAUGUUAAAUGUAUGAUUUCUGGAAUGGAAUUCUGAAUUUGGGGAUAAAUGUACAAUCAUUGAGUUUAGAAAUGAUCAAAUAAUACCCCCCAAACUGUAAAAUUAAAGGUUUUAAAAAUAAAUUGUUAUUGUAUGUCUCCUUAAGGCCUGCUUGUAUAAACCUCAGUUCUAAACAGGACUAUAGUAUGUUAAAGGUGUGUUUGAAAAGGACAGUUUUCCCUUGGUAGGACUCAAUUUAACAUCCUUUAAUAUUUGUGGAAGGAGUAUUUUCAGCUACCCUGGCUUUGUGAAGAGUCAUUUUUUGAUUAUCAGGGAUUCAUAAUAGAGAUUGGAAUUAGCUGUCCUUAUUGGAGAACAGACAAGAUAAAGUAGGUGUGAAAUUUUGAGUCCCAGAAGUAUAUUGAAUCCAUUGGAAUGGAAUUUUUUGCCUACCAUAUUUUACCGUGCCAGUAAAAUAUUCAAUUGGGAAAAUAUGCAAAUGAAUAUAUCUCAUAGCUUAAAUUUAAAACAUAGUCAAUGCUAUGGUGCUUAACUUGCAUAACUCUCAGUUCCCUAUGCUUCAUGAUAAUCCACACCAAUGUUUCCUUCACCCUGAAUGAUGGAGUUGGAUCUCACAGUUUAAAAGUAAACACUAGUAAUUAAUCACUGAAGAAUUAAAGCUAUUUUAAAAGCAUCAGCCUAAAAUCAGGUGAGUAUAUUUGCAUGACUUAACUAUUCAAAUAAUAUACUCUACUAUGGUUUAGUUUGAAAGAAUAGUAUAUGAAUAAUUAUAAUUAGGUUAUAAUUUAAUCUCAAGGAAAUAUUUGUUAUUGAAGGCAAACACUUAUCUGUAUAAUUUCAGGCAAAUAUAAGAUUACUAGUAGAAUAUUUGAUGCUGAAGUUACCUUGACAGUAGACUGAAAUACAAAACUUCUAAUUAACAUUAAUGUUGAUGUGAGGGAAAAUUUCCUAAUAAUUAAAAAUGUCUAAAAGUGGAAUGGGCUGUCUUGCAGGGUAGUGAAUUCUCCAUCACUGGAAGUCUUCAAAUAGAGGGUAGAUGGCCAUUUCUCAGGGUGCUUACUUAUCAGGGAUGUUGGAGAGGAAAAUCCUAUUCAGGUAUGGGAUAGAUUAGAUGACUUUUGAGGUUCCUUCCAACCCUAAGGUUUUGUAAGGCCUAAGAAAGUAAUAACAUUUUUCCUUCAUCAUUCCCUUGGUUGCUAAUGACAAGGAUGACACUGAUUAAUAGAUGUUAGUUUGUCAUUAUGUAAACACAAGUUCUGAGUGUAUGCCCUAUAAAAUCUGUAUUUUUCCUUGUAUUGUGACUUUUGUAUUUUUUUUACAUCAAAUUUACUGUUCAGUCGCUUAUACAUUUUAGGUUAAACUGCCUGAGAUGUGAUUUGAGACAUAACUGCAUUUGUUUGUAUUUGAAAUGUUAAGCAAUCACAGCUUGAAAUGUUAGAUAUUACCACCUGCUGCUGUAUUGUCUAUAAGCAAAGGCAAAUGUUGCUCUAAAGUAAGAAGUAAUUAUAACUAGAAAUAGGCUGUAGAUGUGAAACUUCAUACUUUUAAAGAUAGAUUUGUUUUGCUUUUGUAUAUUCCUGAAAAUUAAAAAAUGUAUUUUCAUGA